GCUGUCACUCACACGAAACGGGACACGCUAUAGAUUCCUACUCCAACAUUAUAAAAUAGCAGACGGUCAAGUACUGAACGUAGGAGCAGGAAAGACACCAGCUGCCCAUGAAGUACUUAAUAGGGUGAGAACCGAAGACUGGGAAACCCCAUAGGGAGAGCUGUAAGCUAACUGAGCUCUGCUGAGGGCUUGGGUGAGGCAGAAAAAAAAAUUGCUGAGGAGCCUGCCCUCAGUAGCUGAAGACAGAACCCAAAAGCAAAAGGGAUGUUCAAAAGCACAUCCUCCUCCCCCAUCCUCAAAGACGGAAAAGGCAUCUCCUGGGAGGUGGCGGACUGUCGAAGGCAGGAAGCACGGUCUCCACAGCUGCCUUGAGGGUUUUGCAAAACACUGGGUGAAAUCACUGAGGGGAAAAGGCAGGUGAGCCACCCAGAGGGAAACGACCUGAGCAGGGGCAGCGUUCACUCCUCUCUCCGUGGAAUAUCCCCCUCGUCCCCUGGACCAUCUAUGGCCAAUUCCUUUCCAGCCUGCAUUCUCAAGAGCCAGCUUUCCAGCCCGCCACAUGGAACCUCGCCAGCCUUCACGGGAUCCUCUUCUGUCCUACAACCCACUGACCCUGUGGCCCCCUAAACUCAGCCUUCCCAGUCAUCUGACCCAGCUCCACCCUCAGCACCAAAGGAUCCUACUGCAGCAGAGGAGUCAAACCAUGAGUCUAGCCAAGAAGCCUUGGUCUCUGAAGCCAGACACCUAUGCUAACCUCAUGACCCGAAAAGAGAAGGACUGGGUGAUAAAAGUGCAGAUGGUUCAGCUGCAGAGUGAGAACCCUCGCCUGGAUGAUUAUUACUACCAGGAAUACUAUCAGAAGCUAGAGAAGACACAGGCAGACAAAGAGUUGCUUGGGCACAGGAACAGGGCUGAGUCUCUCAAGCUGGUCACGCCUCACAUCCAGAAGGCAGAAGGUUAUGAGUCAGUGGUACGAAUUGAGGGUUCCCUGGGCCAGGUAGCUGUAUCAACAUGUUUUAGCCCUCGCCGAGCUAUUGAUGCCGUAUCUCACGGAACUCAAGAGCAGGAUACAGGAGCAGCAAGCAGUCAGAGGCUCCGAGUGCUCUCCUUGAUUGAGAAGAUGUUCCUUCAGUUGCUAGAGAUAGAGGAGGGCCAGAAUGAUGGGUUUCCACAGCUCUACCACUCGGAGGAACAGAGAAAUCAGGUGGAGAAGCUCUUUCAGGCCUUAAAGACCCAGGGGCAGGACAACCUGGAGGAGACAGCAGAUAGCCUUCUGCAGGUGCUGUCUGUGAGGAAAGGGAAAAUUCUGGUGGCUCGGCUGCUCCCCUUCUUGCCCCACGAUCAAGCCGUUAGCCUUCUUCUCUAUAUCACCUACCACCUGCCUCUUCUGAUCCUGAGGGACAUGGCUGACCAGGCUCUACACAUUCUAUUCAAACCUCUGGGAAAAUACAUCCAUUAUUUGACCUUCCAUCAGCUCCUCCAUGGACUUCAGGGUCUAAUGUUGCUGCCCCCUGGUACCUCAGAGCGGCCAGUCUCUGUGGUGCUUCAGAAUCAGUUUGGGAUAUCUCUGCUUUAUGCCCUGCUGAGUCAUGGAGAGCAGCUGGUGUCCCUGGAUUCUUCUCUCCAAUCCAGCAGUGACUGCGCAGCCUGGACAGACUUGGUGAUUCUGGUUACAUGGGAGAUAUCUCAGUUGCCCACGGCAUCCCUGGCAGAGCCCCUAGCCUUCCCCAGGAACCUGCUUCCCCUCUUCUGCCAUCACAUGGACAAACAGCUAAUGCAGCAGCUAGAAGCCAGAAUGGAGCUUGCCUGUAUCUACUGAUUUAUUAGUUCUUGAACUUACGUGUGAGAAGCUGAAAUCUCAGAAAUGAAACUACAUCACAUCACCUUCCUACAGGGAUACAGUCCAAGUCAUUUCCUAUACUUUGUUAUGUUGGAGGACCCUGCCACAUUGCCAUAGCCCUGCUUAAAAGCUAAGUGAAUUGCCUAAGAUUAAGGCAUGACUUUAGGUAUAAUUAAAGAAACAUCAAAUAAUAUGUUGAAACUUGUUUGUAAGUUUAGAAUUACAAUGAAGGCCAUUUUUGUGAGUGUGUCAAUAUAAGGGGCAAGGCCUUAUCGUAUGUAAUAAAAAUGUAAUCUGGGACAUUGCUUCAGUGUGCCAGACUUUAUGUAAACCAAA